CAGUAGGAUUGCAGCAUAGCAGUCUCUCUGUCCCUCUCUCUCACUCACUCACUCUCUCAUUCUGUUUCUGCUCUCUCACUCCCUCUCUCAUUCCUCCACACCACUGCUAACAACAUGGCUGAGGCAUUCACAGGCACAUGGAACCUGAAGGACAGCAAGAACUUUGACGAAUACAUGAAGGCUCUGGGUGUGGGCUUUGCAACACGCCAGGUUGGCGGUAUGACCAAGCCCACCACCAUCAUCGAGGUAGCUGGAGACACAGUCACUCUGAAGACACAGAGCACCUUCAAGAACACCGAGAUCUCCUUCAAACUAGGAGUGGAGUUCGACGAGACCACCGCCGACGACAGGAAAGUCAAGUCCCUAAUAACGAUAGACGGUGGUAAGAUGGUUCACGUGCAGAAGUGGGACGGCAAGGAGACCACUCUGGUCCGUGAAGUCAGCGGCAACGCCCUCGAACUGACUCUGACUCUGGGUGACGUCGUCUCCACACGCUCCUACGUCAAGGCCGAGUGACAACAUUCCCCAAAAAACUGCACUACCCUUUGCCACACCUGCCCCCCAAAACAACCCGACCCCACCGCAACGACCUCUAACCCGUCUGACCGAACCCCUGACUCCCCCUGCUGUCCCGUCCUUCUCUUUGUAGUGUUUCUCUUCUGUAUGAAACACUGAAUAAAUUCCACUUAUGUUUUUUUUUCUCUAAAA